AUGGAACAUCGCCUUGUCCAGCGUGCAAACGCUGUUCCCAAUGCAACUGCAGUGAUCGAUGGCGAUGCCAGCAUUAGUUAUCGAGAGCUCAUUGCACGAGCUGAUAUACUUGUUGAAAGACUACAUGGAAGGUCAAUCAAGCUCGCGGAACCCGUUUGCAUCUUACUUGAUUCUGGUUAUCAACAGAUCAUAUCACAAGUUGCUGUCCUCCGAGCUGGAGGGACCUGUGUCCCCAUUGAUCCCUCCAUGCCUUCCUCCCGCCUAGUAGCCAUGCUACACGAUAUCAAUUCUCGCCUCGUCAUUACCAGCAAAGCCCUCGCGGACCGAGUGUCAGACUUUGAACUUAUCCAAGUGGAGGAAGGAACUGCGCAGAAUAUCACUUUGAGCGAGACUAGCCCAAUCCUCAUAGGGGCAGGGUGUCCGGAAACCCAUCGCAGUCACAUUUUCUUCACCUCUGGCUCCACGGGACUGCCGAAACCAAUCCAGGUCCUGGCUCACGGUAUUCUCCAUGUCCUAGCCUCUGAGCCGGCUACAUUGCUGGAUUCAUCUGACCGCAUGGCUGGGGUUACCAGCCCGGGGUUCGAUUUCUCCCUCUUUGGGGUUUGGACAUCGCUACUUGCUGGGGCGACAGUCAUUCAAAUUCCCAAAGUGAUCAUCACGGAUCCAUUUGCUCUCAGUGACUAUUUGAAAAAUAAAGGGAUAACAGUGGUGAUUAUACCAACAGCCCUUUUCAAUGUCAUUGCCUUGAAUGCGCCCAUCGCAUUUCGUGGCCUGCGCCACGUCCUUGUGGGAGGUGAGGCCGUAAAUGUCAAGGCAAUGAAGAAAGUCCUCAUCAACGACCCACCGGGCAACCUGUGGAAUGUAUACGGUCCGAUGGAGGCAACCAUAUUUGUAACAGCGUGCCGGGUCGAUCUUGCAGAGACACAACACCCUCGCAUCAGCAUCGGACGAGCCUUCGGGGAAUCUGAAAUUUAUCUGUUGGACGAACAGCUCAGGAAUAUUACUAGCACACAUCAGACGGGGGAGAUUUGUGUUGCCGGACCUCAACUGUCAUCAGGAUAUCUGAACAGACCCGAAGAGAACGAGAAGCAGUUUAUCCACGUCAAUACCGCCACACUGGGAGAGGAAGUUGGGAAAUCUAUCCGCCUGUACCGCACUGGUGACCUGGCACAAUGGAGAGACUCAACCGGUACGUUGGAUUAUAUUGGCCGGGCAGAUAAACAGGUUAAAUGCUCUGGACACCGAGUGGAAUUGGGCGAUAUCGAGCGUACGCUGGAGAGGAACCCGCAAGUGGAAUCGUGUGUCGUUAUCCAACACAAGCAGGGGGACUCGGAAGAUUUGGUGGCCUAUGUGGUUCCAAUUGAAUGUGAAACGGAAGUUCAACUGUCCGCGAUUAUCGAUUGGGCAAAGGAACAUUUGCCUUAUUACAUGGUACCAGGCUCGAUUCAAAGCAUCCGGGAAUUUCCACUUUCAUCCAGCGGCAAGGUUGAUAGGAAUGCUCUGAUUCGCAACUUGCGAAAGGCAUCAGAGACAGAAGAACCUGAAGGCCAGAAAUCCCCAGAAAUAGAGGGCCAGAACGACUGGCUCCAAUCGCACCUCCAAGAAUUGCUGAACGUGUCACACAUUGAUCCCAAUAAGGAUAUAUUCUCUCUUGGGGUGACUUCGCUGCAGGCCGCCCAGCUAAUAGGGAAGAUCAAGCACCACAGUGGUAAAAUUGUAACGAUGGUACAACUGUAUGCAAACCCUACCUUGGAAAGUCUCACAGCUCUCCUCCACAGCCCCGACGAAGACAGCACCGGUCCUGUCCAGACAACGCGAUGGGUACAGGACUCCCAUCUAGCGGAUGAUGUAGUAUCUCCUCCGGAUUGGCAAUCUACCAAAGAGGGUCAAGUGUUCCUCACAGGAGCGACCGGGUUCCUCGGUGCAUACUUACUCCAUCAACUGCUAUCCAUGCCUAGUGUGAAGAAAGUAGCCUGUUUGGCCCGAAGCCGUGGCCAUCUCACGGCGAACGACCGCAUUCAGAAAGCGUUGGAAAAAUAUGACCUGUGGGAUGGCAGGCUGGAGAAGACUCAAAAGAUCAUGGCUCUUGAUGGAGACCUAACAGAUGUCACCCUCGGUCUGGGAGAGGACAAGUUCACCUGGCUCAGCAACUGGGCGAGCGUAAUCUUCCACGUCGGUGCACGAGUAAACUGGUGUGAACCUUACGAGGCUCUUUAUGCAGCCAACGUAGUUGGCACGCGGACCAUCAUCCGACUCACAACAUUAGGCAGACGCAAGGCACUGCAUUAUGUCUCCUCGAUAGACGUGUGGAAUGAAACUGGUCUUUCAAGCAGAACGAAACGAGUUUUCGAAGAUGACCCGCUCACCGAACAUCUGGGAUCAUUGCCUUGCGAAAUGGGAUACGCGCAGACUCAGUGGGUGGCGGAUGAGAUGGUUCAGAGGGCGCGGGACCGCGGUUUAGCUGCAACCAUCUAUCGACCAGGGUUCGUGAUUGGGGACAGUUCAAGGGGCUAUGGAAGCACAGAUGAUUUCUUUGCACGACUGGUCGUUGGCUGCAUUCAGACCCGUCAAUUCCCCCAUCUUCCAAACCAGCGACUUGAGUAUGUGACGGUGGACUUCGUCUCCUCGGCCAUUUUACAUAUUGCAUCAAAGUCUGAGAGCCUCGGGCGAUCAUACCAUCUCGUCUCUCAAGAUGUGGCGCAGUCGGUGAGUAUAGAGGAGACAUGCGGUUUGAUUAACCAAGCUGGAUAUCCUGUCAAGCAAGUUCCGUACCAGGAAUGGGUGGAAACUAUCCGAAAUUCUCCGGGGAAUCCAUUGGAGUCGAUGAUUCCCAUGCUGCAGGAACCAGUUCUGGAGAACUUGACUCGGAUGGAGGCAAGUAUUUAUACUCCAGUCUUUGAGACCAAAAAUACGGUCGAGGCUCUUGCAGAUCGGCCUGAUAUUAAAUAUGUUCCUCUGGAUCAUGAGUUACUGCAACGGUGCAUUGAUUUUUGGGUGAGUAGGGAAUACUAUUCUCUCAAAUAG